AUGCGUUCCGCUAUCGCCGUUGCCGCCUUCGCCUUUGCUACCCUUUCUGCUGCUCAGUCAGACCCUCAGCAAAACUACCCAUACACCAUCGACCCGAACUCUGUCUCAGAUGCAGACAAGGCCAAGUGGUGUCUUGACCAGACGUCUCAAUGCCCUCUCAUCUGCCUCCAGCAACCUGGUGUCACCUCCCAGGACACUAUCGAGAAUGAGUGCGACCCCGAAGCUCUGACCUACUCCUGCGUCUGCGAGAACAACGUCCGCCCCAACAUCACCGAGUACUCUCAGACUCUCCCCUACUGGAUCUGCACAACAUGGCAAAACCAGUGUGUAGCCAACUGCGGCUUGGGCAACAACGAGUGCUCCAACUCCUGCCGUGCCGACCACCCUUGCGGAGCUCAAACCCCAAAACCGGCCAACUCCUCUCUUGCAACCCUGCACACUGCUUCCUCCACUCCCUCGGCCACUGCCAGCUCUGACCCUUGGGGCUCUACGGGAACCAGCAAGCCGAAUGACAAGGGCGCUGCGAGCUCCAUGCUCAACCUCGGCCAGAGCUACAGCCUCGCGGUCGUCUUCGCUGGUGUCUUCGCCGGAUUCGCCCUCAUCUUGUAA